AUGGAGACGUUCUCGAGCAUGGGAAAGAUUACUGUAGGACGUGUCUACGACUGGAUUAGGGCCCCUUCCGGGGGGCCGCCAUGGGGCCGACGGAUUUGGGACCACUCGAUGACUCCCAAGCACUCUUUUAUUCUUUGGUUAGCUGCCCUUGAUCGGCUGCAAACCCUAGAAAAUGUGGCAAAAUUCGAGGCUGUGGAGAAGACUUGUGAGAUGUGCGGAGCGGGGAACGAAGACCGUGAGCAUUUAUUUUUUCGGUGCAGCGUUUCGAGAGACGUAUGGGACCGCAUUCGUGUAUGGUUGGGGAUAUCACAAAGACCAACAACGCUAAGGGCUGCAUUGAAGUGGCUCGUGAAGGAUGUCAAGGGCAAAUCUUACCGAAGCAAGACGAGGAGAUGUGCUUUGGCGAGUGUUGUUUAUCACAUUUGGGCAGCUAGGAACAAAAGGAAGUUUGACAUGACGGAAAUGACGGCAACCGCUAUUACUCGGAGGAUCCAAACCCACGUUUACUCAGCUAUGUUUAUGCAGUACCCGGAACUGACAACCAGCAGUACCCGGAACUGA